AACUCGUCUUGAGUCGUCACUUUGUAUAUAGCCCAGUAGUGAGUGAGUGUUCGGACAUACAAAAGUGCAGGAUUAAUACGUAUAUUGUAAACAGCAAACAGAAGUGGCUUCUACCUCUAUGUCCUCGGACGCGUGAAGACAAACCAAACUCGAUGGCUGAAACUCAAGAUGGUAUAGAGGCGAAGAGGCCCAGUGUGGCUGAAAGUAUCAAGACCAGCAGGAAAGGCAGUGUGUCCGAGAAGCCCAUAGAUUUAGAUGACUUGCUGAUCAAUGAGCUGGGCCAAUUCGGAUGGUUCCAGGCCCGCAUGAUCUGUCUGAUCUCGAUCCCUAUGAUUAUGUCGGCGUUUAUGAGUGAAUACAUAUUUUCGGCUGCCGCUAUACCCCACAGAUGCAUUAUCCCAGAGUGUGGUGAAACCUCAGAAAAUGCUAUAUAUGAUGAUUAUAGGAUAUCAGCUGCCAUGCCUAAUGGAACCAGAUGCGAACGAUUCGUGCCUUUGGCCUCUAACGGAUCCUUGAACUACUGCCCUGAUUAUAUGUUUGAUCAGAACGAAACUCAAGAAUGUGACGAGUUUGUUUACGAGAGAGACAAUUCUGUAGUGUACGAUUUUGACCUUGGCUGCCAAGAUGGGUUGAGGGUGCUAGUUGGUACUCUCAACAGCGUCGGCACCCUUCUGGUCCUGCCCAUCAUAGGGUUCAUUUCGGAUCGCUGGGGCCGCAGGGUGGCACUCAUUCUCAGCGUCUUCAACUUGGGCCUGGUGGGCUUCAUUCGUGCCUUCUCUGUCAACUACCCCAUGUACCUGGCCCUCCACCUAUUGCAGACCACAGUAGGAGCCGGGACGUACAGUUCUGCAUAUAUUUUUGCAACUGAACUCGUGGGCCCAAAGUACCGUGUAGUGACCAGUGCCACUUGCUCUUCAAUGUUUGCCGUCGGUCAAGUGAUCCUGGGUCUCGUAGCCUGGCUGGUGCAGCCGUGGCGGUACAUGAUCAUGGCACUCCACAUCCCCUGCUUCAUCAUUAUCACGUACUACUGGUUCCUCUCAGAGAGUGUGAGGUGGCUGCUCUCUAAAAAGAUGUACGAGAAAGCAAGAGUGGUGUUGGAGAAAGUAGCGAGGAUCAAUAAGAAGCAAAUCAGCGAGAAGUCCAUGCAUUCGCUGAUGAAUCCACCACCUUCGCCACCAGCUUCUGAGGCUAAAGGUAAUGGUUUAAUUAAAACCAUAAUAAAAUCCCGCGUGCUGUUCCGUCGUGUCUGCACCACUCCCAUCUGGUGGAUCACGACCACGUUCGUGUACUACGGCCUGUCCAUCAAUUCCACCACCCUCAUCGGCACGAACAUGUACCUGAACUUCAUACUGACGUGUGCCAUCGAGAUCCCUGGCUUCUUCACGGCGGUGCUGAUCCUGGACAGAAUUGGACGGAAGGCUACUCUCUCUGGUGGAUUCUUCUUGAGUGCUGCUUUCAAUAUCGCCUUCGUAUUUGUGCCGCAGGCACUGACGACGCUGCGCCUGAUCCUUUUCCUGUUGGGCAAGUUCGGAAUCUCCAUCGUGUUCACAUCCUUGUACCUGUUCACUUCAGAGCUGUACCCUACUCAGUACCGUCACACGCUCCUGGCAUUCUCCUCCAUGAUCGGCAGGGUGGGAUCUAUCACAGCACCACUCACACCUCUUCUUGCUGACAAUUAUUGGCACGGCAUCCCCAACUCAAUGUUCGGUGCAAUGGGCCUGAUCUCCGGGAUCCUGGUGCUGACUCAGCCGGAGACCCUCGGAACCAAGAUGCCGGACACGUUGGAUGAAGCCGAGGCCAUCGGCAAACCUGAAUCGAAAAUCCAGCGGUCUACCUGACACUAAACCUCAGAUUAGCAUUAUCAAAUUGGCUUUACAAAAUCUCUCUAGAUUAAAUUUAACUACGCCUAAGAUUA